UGCGCCCUCCCCUCACUUAUUCCUCCGCUGCAAUGUGCAUGUACUGACGAAAUCAAUCGCAAAUAUUUUUACUUUGUGGUAAAGGAUCAGUGACAUUGUGCUACCAUGACUCCAACGAUUCCCGAUCUCUCAGCAGAAACCGAAUGUAGAUGCCCACUGGAAAUGGAACUCCAAAUGGUGCUGCAGGAAAGGAUAAUGAUCCUGGAUGGCGGCAUGGGAACAAUGAUUCAACAGCUGAACCUGAAGGAAGAAGAUUUCCGGGGGAUGGAAUUCAAAGACCAUCCUUGCUCUCUGAAAGGAAACAACGAUAUGCUAAGCAUCACAAAGCCAGAUGCUAUCUACCAAAUACACAAGGAGUAUCUUCUAGCCGGUGCAGACAUCAUAGAGACCAACACAUUCAGCAGCACCAGCAUCGCCCAGGCAGACUACCAACUCAGUCAUUUGGCAUACCGCCUCAACAAGUCAUCUGCAGAACUUGCAAAACGAGCAGCCAGUGAUGUCACCAAGCAAACAGGAAGAAAGCGUUAUGUGGCCGGAGCCGUCGGUCCAACCAAUAAAACCCUCUCUGUGUCGCCGUCGGUAGAAAGACCUGACCUCAGAAAUACUACUUUCGAUGAACUGGCAGAAUCCUACUCGGAGCAGGUCAGGGGUCUGUUGGAUGGAGGGGUUGACAUCCUGCUGGUGGAAACCAUCUUCGACACAGCUAAUGCCAAGGCGGCUUUGUUUGCCAUCGACCUACUCUGUGGAAAGAGCUACGCACCAACACCACUUUUUAUUUCAGGGACGGUUGUGGACAGGAGUGGGCGGACAUUGUCGGGUCAGACGGGUGAGGCCUUUGUGGUCAGCGUGUCACACACCAAACCACUCUGUAUUGGUCUUAAUUGUGCGUUGGGGGCAACAGAGAUGCGGCCUUUCAUCGAGGCCAUUGGGAAAAGCACCACUGCCUUCAUAAUCACCUACCCAAACGCAGGCCUUCCCAAUACCUUCGGGGGCUAUGAUGAGACCCCUGAAGUCACCGCCUCACAUUUAAAGGACUUUGCCGUCUCUGGCCUGGUGAACAUCGUUGGAGGCUGUUGUGGAACAACCCCAGAACACAUCAGGGCCAUAGCUAAGGCUGUGGAGCACUGCAAGCCCAGACAGCCACCUCAUAACGUACCUGAAGACUACCUGCUGCUCGCAGGACUGGAGCCUUUCAAGAUCGGCCCCUAUACCAACUUCGUCAACAUUGGUGAGCGCUGCAAUGUGGCCGGCUCACGGAAGUUCUCCAAGCUCAUCAUGGCAGGAAACUACGAGGAAGCGGUGAACAUUGCCAAGGCCCAGGUGGAAAUGGGAGCACAGAUUCUUGACAUCAACAUGGAUGAAGGAAUGCUAGAUGGUCCCAAAGCCAUGGCUCGCUUCUGCAAUCUGAUCGCCUCUGAACCGGACAUAGCACGAGUUCCACUCUGCAUCGACUCGUCCAACUUCUCCGUGAUCGAGGCGGGGCUGAAGUGCUGCCAGGGGAAGUGCAUCGUGAACAGCAUCAGUCUGAAGGAGGGCGAGGAGGAAUUCCUGAGCAGGGCGGCCACGGUGAAGCGCUACGGGGCGGCCGUCGUGGUCAUGGCAUUCGACGAAGAGGGCCAGGCCACAGACACGGAGCGUAAGAUCCAGAUCUGCACUCGAGCAUACAACCUUCUGGUCCACAAGGUUGGGUUCGACCCCAGUGACAUCAUCUUCGACCCCAACAUCCUCACCAUCGGCACAGGAAUGGAAGAACACAACACCUUUGCCAUCGACUUCAUAAGGGCCACCAGAGCCAUUAAGGAGACCUUGCCAGGAGCCAGGGUGAGCGGGGGUCUGUCUAAUCUUUCCUUCUCGUUCCGGGGUAUGGAGGCUAUCAGGGAGGCCAUGCAUGGAGUCUUCUUGUACCACGCCAUCAAGGACGGGAUGGACAUGGGCAUCGUCAACGCCGGGAACCUGCCUGUGUACGACGACAUCGACAAGGAGCUGCUGUUGCUCUGCGAGAGCCUCAUCUGGAACAAAGACGCAGACGCCACCGAUAAACUACUGGCAUACGCACAGAACUAUACAGCGGGAGAGAAGAAAGUCAUUGCGACUGAUGAGUGGAGAGACAGGACGGUGGAGGAGAGGCUGGGGUAUGCGCUGGUUAAGGGCAUAGAGAAGUAUGUGGUGGAGGACACAGAGAAGUGCUUGGCCCAAGUGCUCCGGUACACACGUCCGCUUCACGUCAUUGAGGGGCCGUUGAUGGAUGGCAUGAAGGUCGUGGGGGACCUGUUCGGCAGUGGGAAGAUGUUCCUCCCACAGGUGAUUAAGUCAGCUCGUGUGAUGAAGAAGGCUGUGAGCUACCUCAUCCCCUUGAUGGAGAAGGAACGCCAAGAGAAGAUGGCGUCUUCAGGGACAAUGGAGGAGACGGAUCCAUACCAGGGCACUAUCGUCAUCGCAACCGUGAAGGGUGAUGUCCACGACAUCGGCAAGAACAUUGUAGGGGUGGUGCUGGGAUGCAACAACUUCAGAGUGAUCGAUCUGGGCGUGAUGGUUUCCUGCGAUAAGAUCCUCAGAGAGGCCCUUGAGCGUAAAGCAGAUUUCGUUGGUCUCUCGGGGCUCAUCACCCCGUCUCUGGACGAGAUGAUCCAUGUGGCCAAGGAGAUGGAGAGGCUGGGGCUGAAGAUACCGCUGCUCAUCGGAGGAGCCACCACCUCAAAAAUUCACACAGCGGUGAAGAUCGCACCGCGCUACAAGUCUCCGGUGGUCCACGUCUUGGAUGCCUCUAGAAGUGUUGUAGUGUGCUCCCAGCUCCUUGAAGACGCGGCACGGGAGGAGUUCUUUGAGGAGCUUACAGAGGAGUACGAGGAGCUCAGACAUGAGCACUAUGAUUCGUUGAAGGAGCGGCGCUACCUCUCCCUGUCCCAGGCCAGAGACCAGGGCCUCCACAUCGACUGGUCCGCACAACCACAAGCAGUGCGGCCUCAGUUUUUGGGAACCCGUGUGUUUGACUCCUACAACCUGCGCAACCUCAUUGACUUCAUCGACUGGAAACCCUUCUUCGACGUCUGGCAGCUCAGGGGCAAGUACCCCAACAGAGGGUACCCCAAAAUAUUCAAGGACAAGACCGUAGGCGCAGAGGCCAGGCGGGUGUUUGACGAAGCCCAGGGGCUCCUCAACCGUCUGAUUGACAGCCGAGGACUCUGUGGUAAGGGUCUGGUGGGCUUCUGGCCAGCUCAAAGCGUCGGGGAUGACAUCCAUGUCUACUCAGAAGAUGCCACGCCACAAUGCAACACAGAGCCCAUCGCAAAGUUCCACGGAUUACGACAGCAGGCAGAGAAAGACAGCGCUAGCUCAGAGCCUUACCUCUGCAUCUCGGACUUCGUGGCUCCCAGAGAAAGCAGGUUGGCCGACUACAUUGGGCUCUUCGCUGUGGGCGUGUUCGGAGCUGAGGAGCUGAGCAAGCAGUUUGUGGAACAAGGAGACGACUACAGCAGCAUAAUGGUCAAAGCACUGGCUGAUCGGCUGGCUGAGGCGUUUGCAGAGGAGCUCCAUGCCCGCGUCCGCAAAGACAUGUGGCGCUACAGCCCAGAGGAGGAGCUGCUCAGCACGGCGGACCUCCACCGGGUCCGCUACCAGGGAAUCAGGCCCGCCGCCGGCUACCCCAGCCAGCCCGACCACUCUGAGAAGAAGACCAUGUGGAGCCUGGCAAACAUCCAGGAACAGACUGGAAUUGACCUGACUGAGUCUCUGGCCAUGACGCCAGCGGCCUCCGUCUCCGGCCUCUACUUCUGGAACCCUCAGUCCCAGUACUUUGCCGUUGGGAAAGUCACCAGGGAACAGGUGGAGCAUUAUGCUGAGAGGAAGAGUAUGGGCGUGGCCGAGGUGGAGCGGUGGCUGGGGCCCAUCCUGGGCUACGAGACGGACCAGUAGAGUGGAGAUCUGAUCCCAGAACCAGUUUUGGUAUUACAUUCUACUGAGAUUGUGAAUGGUACAAGUUAGGGUUGUUUGUUUGGCCAGUGCUUUCCUUGAAUAUGAACUCGGUACAUCAAAGUUAUUUGUUUUCGUCUUUUUCUAUACAUUGUAGAUUAAAGAGCCAGUGAACAGUUUUUUAUUUUGUUGAUUUAACACAGUAUUAUUUCUUAUAUGAUCGGUUACUGUCACGGUUACUAAAACGUAUAAUCCUAUGUUUUUGCCUCCCCAAAACACUGAGCGUUCCAUUCUGAUUCGAGCGCUCCUCCACUCUGAAUCGAGCGCUCCUCCACUCUGAUUCGAGCGCUCCUCCACUCUGAAUCGAGUGCUCCUCCACUCUGAAUCGAGCGCAGGUCUGAACCAGCGUCAGGUUCUUUUCAUGAUGCAGAGGAGCCUGAAAGUAAACUCAUGGACGUCCCGAUGAAGGGGCGAUGGCAGCGAGCUGUUUGUGGAUCUCUGCCUGGCUGUGGUGGACGAGAGAGGCCUUCUCAGACACCUGUAGUAUAACAAUACGCUGUGUGUGGAAAUGUGGAGCUCCGUCUGAGCACCGGUUUAUUAUUUUGCCGGAGUGAGGGUUAAGCUUCUCAUUAGAAUGUUACAUUGCAUGGCGCAUUACAUUUUUAUUUAACCUUUAUGUAUCUAGAUGAGUCCCAUUAAGACCUUUAGCCUAUUUUUUAAGGGAGCCCUGAGUUCAUAUUCAACCUUGCUCACUAUAUCACUCAUCAGUAGCAGCGCCAAACAAUAACAAAUUAUACUACCAGAGAAAAACGAGAUACAAUAUGCUGCAUAAUUAAAAUGCACGAUACUAAAUGUUGCGUUUGACAACGAUGCAAGCACAAUUCAUGAAAAUAAAACGCAGCGAAGUGGGCAAUCACUGAAUUGAUGUCCAGCGCUUUGGUCCGUCCUGCAGAUGACCAGGUUGUGCCUUUCUCCUCACAUGUGCUCCUCUGCAUUGCAAAGCCCACGGAAGCACGCAUUCCAUGUUUCAACGUUGCGUCUAUCGUUGAUGGUAUCAACGACUGAAAAGACCAGAUCACUCGCAGAUACCAGCUCAAGACUUGUGGCCUGUAGAUCAGUGGUUUUCAAACUGUGGGGCGCGCCCCCCCUGGGGGGCGCCAGAGUACUGCAGGGGGGGUGCGACGUGAGAAAAAAUAAACCCGAAAAAACCCCUGAAAGUCGAUGAUUCAAAUCAUCAGUCGUACUUUAACUGUAGAAGUAACAUAACUAAAUCAAUUUUCAAAUGUUUCAAAUGUUUAAAUUUGUAAAAUAAUUAAAAUAGCUUUCAAAACACAGGUAUUUAGAACUUUUUUUGGGGGGGGGGCGCCGCGUGUCUGAUAAUCCUUUCAGUUCCUCCACACGUCUGGUGGGAUCUAGUUCUUGCUGCUUCUCGAUAAACAGAACGACAGACCCAGCAAAAAAGGUUGUAAAGCAUCUUUACUAUUUGAAAACAGUCUGUGACUGGUUUCACAUUAUGCACACAGUCAACUAAAACCAAGAUUAGUGUGUGGGCAUAGUAAUGGAUGUCAAUUGCAUGUGGCACUUCUUGGCAAAAAUGUUACUUCAGACCGUUGACCGUCAUCUUGCAACUGGGCAACACAUGCGUUUUGGUCGACGUUACAUUUAGCCGACAUCUGUUCUACUGGCUCGAGCAGAGACUUUCCAUCUAAGCCCUCUGCCGGAAUAAAGUUCAAGAAUUCUUCAUGAGUGUUUUUGUUAUGUAAUGCACAACUACAUAUCUGCUACAUAUCUGGUAUUGGAGAAGUAUCACAAAGAUACCAUGGGUCGUACCUCGCGUCGAAUUUCAGCUGAAAAAGUGGGUUCACUGGCUCUUUAACAUUUUAGUUUGAGUUAAAUGUUACCAUGGUUAUUACAGGGUUAUAGCAGUUACACAGAUUAUAUUGAGAGAAUUGGUUAAAAGAUCCUAGAAGUCUUGUAACAGUCUUCAUAAUGUCAUAUUCAUAGUUUUAGUGAUUCAACACUUUAAUGAUGGAUCUCGUAUCUCCAUGGGGGUCUACUGAUGCCUGUGGUCUUCACACUUUAAACAGAAACAUGUUUAGGUCUAUCAUGUUCUGUACAUACCCCCCAGUGGGUGUUUACAUAGAAAGUUUAGAGUUAGGGUUAUACAUUAAUAAAUGGGCUUUUACGGAUGUUUACUUUUUAAGAUGAGCUCCCUUAUCCCUCAAUUAAUAAAUAAACUUAUAACAAUUUUGUUUCUCUGUU